AUGGCGAACCAAUUCACUAUACCCGGAAAGCCCGAGCCCAAGUCUUCUGGCUCUCAGUACUCGGUGACUACUACGGGCGAUGUGACAGUUCCCAAUCCUACGCCACUCACCGAGGCUUUGGAAACCCAGGCCGUCGACCCGCCGCCGGAUAUAGAUUUUCAUGCUAUGGUCAAGAUCCUGGCUCCCAUUGCUGAAGGUCUCAACGAAGCUGCGGAAGACGCUACGUAUCCAACACCUCCCAUCAACACACCGGCCGUCACGCCAGCAACAUCUCUUAUCUACCACAACCCUUCUAAUCGCGGCCGUGGCUGGAGCACCAUUGGUGAUAGGCUCGCUAAAGCAAAGCUCGAUGGCCCCAGAUUUGGCCAAGAAACCGACAUGACGUCGGUCGGCAACCGCUCGUUCCGCUCCUCUGUGCCUGCCGACGAUGAAAGCGAUAGCAUGGGCGACGUGCUGAGUGAUGGAGGAAGGAACAAGAGUAUCAUGUGCUCAGUUCCUAUUGCCUUAGGCUCACCUCGUCCCAACCCUGUGGGUCUCAUCUCGUUCUCCGCCAACGACCUUGCCAACAGGGCCCCUAUCCCUUUCAACAGCACCGCUCUUCCUGAAAGCUCCAGCAUCGAAGUCGCCAUUGGCUCUGGAAGUCACCACCCGGACAGUGCUAAGAGCUUCGCCACUGGAGUCACUGAGAUGAGUACAUGGAAGGAGGAUGUCGAAGGUCGGUUCGAAAGAGCUCUUCAGUGUCUCGAGAACUUAGCCCAUGACGAGCACUUGCUUGACCCGAGCAAGCCUAUGCGGGAGUACUACGAGGCGUACUUGAAGCGCAUGCUGAACGCCUCUUCCCGCAAGUACCCUGCUUCCGUUGAGGUGGUGAGUGAUGCUCAGCAGACUUGA